AGGACAACAUCUGACGAGCGAUGAGCAAGACGAAGGAGCACAAGGAUGAUCCGCAAGAGGUGAUGUUGAGGAAGCCGAGUGAAUGGACUCAUAACAUCAUCCUGCAAACGUUUUGCGACUUCCUGACCGUCGCAAUACACACGAUCCUCUUCAUUCGAGACCUCUACCCCCCAGAACUCUUCGAGCGAGCCCGAAAGUACAACACCGUCGUCCGACGAUCACGGCAUCCCAUGCUUAACGACUGGAUCCGUGACGUAGUCACAAGUGUCAACGAGGAGUUGAAAAAGUGUACCGUUAACCGUGUCUCGGUUAUCAUUUUAUCAGCCGAUGAAACGCCCAUGGAGCGAUUCGUGUUUGACGUAUCGUCAUUUCCCAAUAUCCCAGAGCAGGAACACAAUAUCCCUAUAUCAUCUACAUCCGCAACCUUCACCCAGUCCGACCUUCUCGAACAAUUUCGCGCAACACUCAUCCGAAUCCAACAAUCCGCCACAACCCUAGGAAAACUCCCCGAAGACUGUACCUUCACCGUUGCGAUCGAGCUGAAAGAGCACGAGGAUAAACCGGCACAAUACCCAGAUCCGUGGAUUCCUGCUCAGCCACAACAGAACGGGGUGCAGGUCAACGGAGAGAGUUUCAACGCAAACUCCGCUGCCUUCACUUCUACCGGCGGUUACUUCUCCUCCCCGCCCUCCACCUCGUCCUCUCUCCGCUCGCCGACCACUCCCCCCCUCUCCGCCCGUGAGCGCUAUGAAGCUGCUCGCUCCUUUGACGAGCUCGACGAUCUUGAGUUCUGUCCCUGUUUGACGAACGACGAGGUCAUGUCCAUCACUUCAUCUGUUUAUUCCUCAUCGUCGAGCACUGGCUCUACCUCUCCUGGUGGAUCUCCCCCUCAGAGUCAGGCCUACACCACUACCAGUGUUUUCUCGAAUGUCGGAAACGGGAAUGGAUGGAAUGGAAGGGGUGGACAGAGGGUUGGUGCGGCUAGGGGUGUUGCGAUUGUUGACCCCAUCACUGGGAUGAGGGUUGCUACUCCCCCGAGGAACCAGUACGCCAGGCGCUCUUACUGGUAGAUCACCGAUAUACCUAUGAGAUGGUGAUUAACUAUGGUCAUUGAGGUAUGGGUGUGUGUGAAGACCGGAUGAUAGAUGGGUUUUAGGUGGGUUCUUGUUGUCUUUUUACCUUCUUGUGGAUGAGUCAGAUCAGCGCUGUGCGCACUGGCGCUUGUUCUGCCAUUUUGUUUUAUCUGUUGGGAUUGUCUCGAUUGCUUUAC